CUUCAACAUGGAUUCUCCAGCCAGUGCACGAACUCUCCCUCUGAUGUUCUGUCAAUUGUAACAUCCUUAGGAUACGACAAAAUAGGUCUAAGCUUUAUUCUUGUACACAUCGUCGGACGCUGUUUAAUAGAAUAGAAGACGGACAAUCAAUCAGUACAUUGAGAAAAUGUCUCAGGCCUACGUUCACGCUUGCGAAAGGGCGGAAUUAUUAGGAUUACCGAUUCCGACCGAGGAGGAAUGGAAGGAAACGCAGAGGAUAGAAGCUGAAAAUCGUGUUAACGACGACGAAGAUGACGCGGUGUUGCAAAAUGUGGAUUUAGCAGAUGAAAGUGCACAACGAAUUGGCGGUGGAUUGGAUGAGAUAAACAGUAUCCUUACUGUUACACAGAAGAAACUUAAUAGAUUCAAGACUGUCUGCGGCAGUUUGAGUACUCUGCUUAAAGUGAGGGUGGGUUCUAAGAACAGUACACCCGACCAUAAACCCAUUGAACAGAAUCACAAUGAGACGAAGGACGUCGAUCCUGACACGUCUGCGAAUGAGGAAAGCCUGGCAGUGGAAUUGAUAAGCGAUAAGGAACAGGUGGUAAGCACAGAGAGUAGCAGCACGACCCCGAAAAAGAUAGACCUGAAUGAAAAGAUGGGGUCUCAUAUAAAUAAGUUAGAUGCGCUGAUAGCUAAAGCUGAGAAUGCUCAAUACAGUAUGCAACAUCAAACGAAACAAAUGAAGAAGUUCAUGAAGUAACUGCCACUACUGUGGGCAAGUAGUAUUUCAUUUGAAUAUUGUCAGGCUUCCUACAACUAAAGUUGAUAUCUUGUUUCGUUUUUUUACUCGCGAUACGUACUUAAUAAAAUCAGGAAUAUGACAUUUCCAUUAUUAGACAUCCACUGAAACGUAGAUUGUAGGGAGACAAAUGUAUGACGGUCCAUGAACUAUUAAGUGUUUAACAAACACGUACCUACUACACGAGCGUAUGAUAGAGAUUUACACUUUGAAACGGCAAACAUUUAUUUUGCUUGAUUGCUUACUGCAUUCUAACAGCAUAUCACUCUGCGUAUGUACACAGACAGAAUGUGUACGUAUCUUCAAAUGGAAACAGAACUGCUUUAUUUAAGUCUUAAUAUAAACGAAUUCAACGAAAAGAAUAGUGAUACUAAGGUAACCUUCGGUUAAAACUGUUCUUCCUAAUUCAUUAGACUCGUCUAUGUGAUACAAGUAUUAUCAAAAUAUAAUAGAUACCAAACUCUUUCAUUACGAAUACUCAUCGACAUUUCAAAAUGAUUCUUUCUAUGAAAGAAGUUUCGAAAUACUUGUUAGAAUAUUUUCGCCUAUUUAUUUCGAAAUGUUAUUAAUUAUAUUUUAUAGCAUUCCAACGUAUAUUUUAUGUCACGACUUAUUUAUAUGUUUUGAUAGUUCCAAGCCUAAGCGAAGAUGUAUAUUUAUUGCACAUGUAAGAAAUUAUUGUUGAAAGCUGCAAUUUAUAUAUAUAUAUAUAUUUUAGCAAAAUGGAUCUAUACGUAUGAUAUUCAAGUAUUAUGCACGUUAUUACUAGCUGUUUGUUCGAGAUUGCAAUUUAAUUACAAGUUCAAUAUUUCAGUCACUUUGUGUAAAAAGUUGUAUUUCUUCUACUUAAUAUUGAUCAUUGAUUAAAUGAUUAACAGGAUUAUACAACUGCAAUAAUUCUAGUCAUAUACAAUAAUUGUUAUAAAUAAUUUAUCAUCGUUGUGAAACGAGUACCUGAGCUCAGGUAUUAGACAAUAUCAAUGUGCCAUUUCUAUAACAUGGCUUUGUUGACAGAUCAUUAGUUUUCUCUCUUGUAGCUUUUAUAAAGAGGAAGUUAUAUUUAUUUAGAAGGUAAACUAGUUUCGCGAUACUUGAAAGAUUGUAUUUUUUAUAUUGAAAAUUAGUAUCGAUUAUAUAGUUUACAGAGGUAUUCGUCUGCGUGGAACAUGGAAAUAUAGAAUUGAUUAUGAGAAUUAGUAAAAUUCUAACAACGUUUUGUAACAAUCUUCGUUUUUGUACGUUCAGCUUGAAAUUGAUUGUCCCAAUGCUACAAUAAAAGUUUAACAUGUGAAA